ACAGUAAUUUAGAGUCGGAAAAAAACGUAAUUCAAUUUUCUGUUUCCGUGGCAGGUUUCCAACGUUCUUCCACAUCGGACUCGACCCCACCGGCCACUGCAGCGAGGACAAGCAGCCCUCGUCGCCGCCCCCGCUUGCUGGGGACGACGGCAGAGGGGCCGUUGGACGAUGACGAUCUGCUCAGGGAGAUCCUCCUUCGCCUCCCCCCGCAGCCAUCCUCCCUCCCGCGCACCUCCCUCGUCUGCAAGCGUUGGCGCGGCCUCGUCUCCGAACCUGGCUUCUACCACCGCUUCCGCUUCCACCGCCGCCACAACCCUCCUCCCAUCCUCGGUUGCUUAGUCGACCUCUACAAUCAGGGAAAACGAUAUAUAUCCUUCAUGUCUACUCUUGAUCCCCCCAAUCGCAUCCCCGCCGAGUGGUUCUCCUUGCAUUUCAACCAUGGGGAUCCCCUCCGGUUACUUGGAUGCUGCCAUGGUCUCGUGCUCCUCUUCUCCAAGACGCGGUUCGAGGUCCUGGUGUGGGACCCCGUCACCGGCGACCGGCACCGCCUAGCCAUUCCCCCGGGGUUCUAUGCGGAGGGGACCGCGAUCACUGGGGCGGUGCUUCGCGUUGCCGGAGACGGCCACCACUCCCUGGUGGCCUUGGCAGUGGCAUGAAUCGUCGAGAUGCAACAUGGAGAAGCGUUCGCCUGCGUUUACUCGUCGGAGACCGGACUAUGGGGUAAUUUCAUCUCUGCUCUGCUGCCAUCCGAUGUUCCUACGACUACAUGCGACAUUCAGAUUCUGGCCUCGGAUGUGAUUUUGAUGACUCCCACCAUGUAUUUCACGGGCAAGUCCGCUAGCACCGUACAGGUUGGGGAUUCUCUUUAUUGGUUGGUUAAUAAAGUGUUUCUUGAUAAUUCAUCAAGCAUUCUUGAGCUCGAUUUGAAUGGGCAAAGUAUAAAUGUGAUACCUGUGCCAAUGGAGGAAAAGGCUGCCUUAACCAAUUGCCACAUGUGUGUUAUGCGGGCAAAGGGUGGUGGUCUUGGUUUCCUCUACCUGUCGUACUUUAGCGCCCAAUUCUGGAAGAGAAAGACCGAUUGUAAUGGUGUUGCUUCAUGGCAGUUGGGAAGAGCUAUUGAACUUGACAAGCUACUUUCCCUGAAAAUUGAGAGGAAAGGACGCCCAUAUAUUAUAGGGUUCGCUAGUCAAAAUAAUGUGGUGUUCCUGUGGACACGUGUCGGUAUCUUCAUGCUUCAGCUUGAUUCAUUGCAGUUCAAGAAAAUCUUCGAAAUUGGCAUCCUGAACUGGCCGCCUUGUUAUUAUCCAUAUGAAAGUGUAUACGAUGCAGGCACUGGUGGCGGACAAGAUGGAGCUGAACUUCUGCAAGAUGCAGAAGAUUAGCAACUGUAAUGUGAUCAGGUAUCUCGAUUGCAUUCCGGUGGCUGUGAUGCCGAAAUGGCUUGUUUGUUGUAGCUUCUUCCAUUCUCUGCUGUGGAUGCCACAAUUCUGAUGUGUGCUUAAAGUAACUAAACAUGUCGUGGUCAAUUGUGAACUGGGAAUGUAUCUUCUAAGUCAAUUGUGAACUGGGAAUGUAUCUUCUAAGUUGUGUGAACUUCUGUUUACUAUCUGGUUUAUGUAAUACUCCGUAUUUUAUUCCAACUGGCAUGAAGACAAAUUGACUUU